GUCAAUCAGAUGUGUAACUGUGACUGGGGGUGUGGGUUUAAACUGGCUUGACCAGAUUUUUCCCAGGAGUCUGUGUUGUGUUCCUUUGAUAUACACUACAGUACAUAACUGCCAGCAGUGGAGCAGAGGGAAAACUCACACUAGCACAUAUUUGUGUUGCUGGGUGCUGGGAGCUGAGAAUAUGCCAAGGGCUUCCUGAAUGCUUCAACAGCUCUGGAUUACAGCUCACAAGUCCGUGGCUGAAUACAGGGUUGACUAAAAUUCUGGGCUACUCAAAAUGAAGCAAUAUUCAACCAUCCAGGGAUUAAAAGCAAUACGAGGGUAUGAGAAGUAGAGGAACAUUUUACACACAGACAACACUCAAAUCUAAGAGAAAAUCUGCCCUGGUCUUCAUCAAGGUCCUCUUCCCCUGCAGUCAUGAAGGACCGCAUAGAGGAGCUGCGUCAGAGAAUGAAGGUCAGCGAUAAGCCGGUGGACAACAACCCCUUCAACGAGGAGGAGGAGGAGGACAUGGACCCGUCCUCGCUGAUAGGCUUGCAGGCCGUGAUCUUUGAGGCAGAGCCCGUCCUGGAGAACUUCCUGAAGGAGGCGCAGAGCAUUCGUGACAGCAUCGAGGAGCUGAACUCUGAAGUCCGUAAGUUCAGCCAGCAGCAGAGCAACUUUGUGGCCACCAUCAGGCGCCUCAGCAUCAUGAAAAAGGAGAGCAGCAUGACGCGAGACAUCAAGCUGUUGGCCGAGAGCCUGCAUAAAAGGUUAGACGUGCUUUCCAAGCAGGCUAAGCGAACCGAGGCCGAGCUGGGCCCGGACGUCGCCACGUCCCGUAUCCAGAAGGCCCAGCACGCAGCCCUCUUUCGCCAGUUCCAGCAGGUAAUGCGCCAACACAACGACGCAAUCCUGAGCAAGCAGAACAAAUGCAAGCAGUUCAUCAUCCGGCAGUUGGAGGUAUCGGGUCGCGAGGUGUCCGAAGAUGAAGUGGACAACAUGAUAGAGCAGGGCAAGUGGGAGAUCUUCAAUGAGAACAUCAUAGUGGAUGCAAAGAUCACCCGUACGCAGCUCUCAGAGAUUGAGCAACGCCACAAAGAGCUCCUGAACCUGGAGAGCAACAUGAAGGACCUGCGAGAUCUCUUUCUAGAUGUGUUCAUGCUGGUGGAAGAGCAAGGCCACCGGAUCGAGAACAUACAAGCCAAUGUGGAGAAGACGCAAGACUAUGUAGCAGAAACUCAGAACUGUACGAAGGAAAAGUUCAAAAUGGCUGCGAGAUACAAGAAGAAGAACCCUCUCAGAAGACUGUGCUGUUGUUGCUGUCCUUGGUUCAGAUAGCAGGGCAAGGCUGGCAAAGUAAACUAUGGGAACGUUGCUCAUUUACUGUGCUCUCAGUGGCUGCAGACAUUGACCUCUGACUGAUGAAGAUAAAAAGCAAGGGCACAAAGCACUUUUGGAGAAUAUUAAAACAGGAAGGCUCCAAAAGAUGGUUUUCACAGCGAUGCCACCAGCUUCGGUUCCCCAAAGAACCAUUUUUCUUACUGUGAAGAACAUUUUAAUAAUCUAAGAAACUUUUUCCACUGUAAAGAACCUUUUGUGGAAUGAAAAGGUUCCAUGGAUGGUAAAGGUUCUUUGAGGAAACAUUGAGGCCAAUAAAGAACCGUUAAUUUUAAGAGUGUUGCAAGACUUUUAGCUGGGUGUUGACUCGGAAAACAAAUGGUUAUAUAGAUUUCACAAAAGGUUAUUAUGUUUUGUUUUAUCACAUAAGUUAUGUAAGAGUUAAUCAAAGGUGAAUUUAUUUUAUAUUUUGUUAUUGUGCAAAAGGUGCAGUAUUUUGGAAGUUGCCAAUAUAUUUAUCUGACUUCUGUUUUUUUACUUUUUUUUAUUUCAGUAUUAUUUUAAAUCUGUCAUUGCUAAUGUAUUGUCUGCUUUAUGUUAAUCAAAUAUCUAAGCUAAAAAUCAAACAUUCUGUUAUAAGAGAUAAGACUAAGCAAAUACGUCCUUUAUUUUCAUGCAAAAGGAAAAAGAUUUCUGCAAGAUUUCAACUUUUUAUGCAGUUUUGGUUUUUCAUUUACACAACAAUGGCAUAUUGGAGACCUGAAAUGCAAACUUUUGAAACUGUUUCAGAUUGAAUUUUUUUUUAAAACAAUUCUGUUAUCGUCGUCUGAGUAGGUAUUUGAAUUUACUUCACUACUGUUAAAAGAGUAUGUUCUAUAGAAUGAAUGAAAU